AUGUGGAAGAGUCGCAUUUUCAAGCAACUGAUAUUUGGCGACGACACGUGCCCCAUCAGUCAGAAGUAUGAGAUUCUGGACGACUACAUCAAGUUCAUCAAGCCUAAGGACUACGAUCAAACCCUCCUAAGCACCUUAAGUAGGGGAGUUGGUGGUGAAGAGAAGGUGGGGCGGGUAUUGUAUACUGCAAGGACGAAUCCUCGUACAUUCAAGAAGGCCAACCAAUUGCAGGAAUUACCACUCGGUAAGUGGACGGGUGAAGGUCAAUUGCCUGCAAAUAUCUUUCAAUGGUUGAGGUUCUACGACGACGUGGAUGACGCUUUUACCGCCGAUAAUUGA